CCUUACUUUGCUAAGCACAGAUUCUCCCCUUGGGAAAUUUUUCUGCUUUUGCAAAAUGAUGAUUAUUUUUUUGAUCUGGGGGAUUGCUGUGGUAGUGAGCUGUUGUGUAUGGUUUAUCAUUGGAAUAAGGAGAAGGAAAGUAGGUGAGCCUCCUUUGGAGAAUGGGUUGAUUCCGUACCUGGGCUGUGCUUUGAAAUUUGGAUCUAAUCCUCUUGAGUUCCUAAGAGCAAAUCAAAGGAAGCAUGGUCAUGUUUUUACCUGCAAACUAAUGGGGAAAUAUGUCCACUUCAUCACAAACUCCCUGUCAUACCAUAAAGUCUUAUGCCAUGGAAAAUACUUUGACUGGAAAAAAUUUCAUUACACUACUUCUGCGAAGGCAUUUGGACACAGAAGCAUUGACCCAAAUGAUGGAAAUACCACGGAAAACAUAAACAACACUUUUACCAAAACCCUCCAGGGAGAUGCUCUGUGUUCACUCUCUGAAGCCAUGAUGCAAAACCUCCAAUCUGUCAUGAGACCUCCUGACCUUCCUAAAUCAAAGAGCACUGCCUGGGUCACAGAAGGGAUGUACGCCUUCUGCUACCGAGUGAUGUUUGAAGCUGGAUAUCUAACACUGUUUGGCCGAGAUCUUUCAAAGACAGACACACAAAGAGCGUUUAUUCUAAACAACCUUAACAACUUCAAACAAUUUGACCAAGUCUUUCCUGCGCUGGUGGCAGGCCUCCCUAUUCACUUGUUCAAGAGUGCACAUAAAGCCCGGGAAAAGCUGGCUGAGAGCUUGAAGCAUGAGAACCUGUAUGUGAGAGACAAGGUCUCUGAGCUGAUCCGUCUACGCAUGUUUCUCAACGACACGCUCUCCACCUUUGAUGACAUGGAGAAGGCCAAGACGCACCUCGUUAUUCUCUGGGCAUCUCAAGCAAACACCAUUCCUGCAACCUUCUGGAGCUUAUUUCAAAUGAUCAGGAAUCCCGAAGCAAUGAAAGCAGCCUCUGAAGAAGUGAAUGGAGCAUUGCAGAGUGCUGGCCAAGAGCUCAGCUCUGGAGGGAAUGACAUUUACUUGGAUCAAGUGCAACUGAAUGACCUGCCAGUACUAGAUAGCAUCAUCAAAGAGGCUCUGAGGCUUUCCAGUGCAUCCUUGAAUAUCCGGACAGCUAAGGAGGAUUUCACUCUACACCUUGAGGAUGGCUCCUAUAACAUUCGAAAAGAUGACAUCAUAGCUCUUUAUCCACAGCUGAUGCACCUGGAUCCUGAAAUCUACCCAGACCCUUUGACUUUUAAAUACGACCGGUACCUUGAUGAACAUGGGAAAGCAAAGACCACCUUCUACAGAAAUGGAAACAAACUCAAGUACUUCUACAUGCCCUUUGGAUCAGGAGCUACAAUGUGUCCUGGAAGACUAUUUGCUGUCCAAGAAAUCAAGCAAUUUUUGAUUCUGAUGCUCUCCUACUUUGAACUGGAGCUCGUGGAGAGCCAUGUCAAGUGUCCCCCUCUAGAUCAGUCCCGGGCAGGCUUGGGAAUUUUGCCACCACUAAAUGAUAUUGAGUUUAAAUAUAAACUGAAACACUGAUAUGUGCUUGGAAGAAGAGGACACUGGAUGAUGUUACUUCGUUACUGAGAGUCAUCACUAAACAGGCCUUUGGGACGAAUGUUCACUGAUGCUUCAUAGUGACUGUAUUAGUGAGAAGAACUCUGUUUCUCAGUGUUAACCCAUGUUCCUGGGGGCAUAUAGCUGGCCAUAUAGCUGGGGCCUGAGUUUCAACACUUUCAGAAGCAAUGUCUUUUGUUUUUAUUUUCAAAAUGGAGAUAUUUCAAUUGGCAGGAUUUUUUUUUUCCUAAGGAAAUUGUUUUUAUAUUUUUAUGAAAACUACCGAUUAAUUAUGAAAAGGCUUCAAAUUCACGUUUUAGUGAAAUUAUUAAUUUUUCACUAGUGAGGUUCUUCAGGUGUGAGCAUAUAUUAUACAAAUGUUUUAACAAAUCAUGCUAUGCUUUGCAUAAAGGUAUAGGAAAUUAUUGUUCAGCUUUUUCUCUGUCUGGUUGUGAGAGCUUUGAAAGUGACCUUACUGUUCUGGAUACACUAGGGAAGUUUCCACAUCCUCUCACUAUAUUUUAAUUUAUUGUCGCUGGAAAUUUUCAUUCCAGUUUUCAACUUUUUUUAUCUUUUCCUGUUUUUGACACGCAUACCAAUGAGUAGACUAUUUUUCAGAAAUUAAAAAGGCACCUCCCAGAACCCCACCAUGAGACUUUAAGCCUUUAAUCCCAGCACUCAUGAGGAAGAGGCAGGCAGAUCUCUAUGAGUCCAAGGUUAUUCUGGUCUAUGUCAGCUCCAGACAAGACAGGACUACAGAAUAAGACCUUCUCU